AUAAGAUAAGAAGGAGAGGAGGGACUGAAAAGCAAGAGAUAGGAAAGGGGGGUUGGAAAAGGUACAUAUAGGGGGAACAACAGGAAGUGGCUUUAGUACUAACCUUUUUUGUUUCAGGAGCUGCUUGUAGCUGAUGCAGAAGAAGUUGCUGAAGAUGACGGCCAGAAGCAGGAGAAUUCCCAAACGGUUCCUUACAGAUGAUGAGACCCUCUGGAAGACGAGAGCAAUCCGGGCUCAGAAGAGAUUGAAGCUCCUGGAAAAAAGGCAGGGAGAGAAACAGAAGAAGCAGGAGACGGUCUUGGAGCAGAAGGCAGCGGUAACCCCCCCUGAGAGAGAGCGGAUGCAAGAGGGUAACAAGAGAGACAAAGUGGGUAAAGUGAACAAUGGAGCAGGUGACAAAGAGGUCGAAGGGAGCACGACAGCGCCGCAGGGAAUGGCGGCAGCAGACAAGGAAGGACAAGACGGGCAUCGUGUGAGCCAUAAGAAACACGGUAAGCAAAUGUAUUAUAGUGACAGUAGUGAAUCUUCGUCAGAUAGUUCCACGGAUGAUGACUUUGAGGAUGAUAAGCGUAAUGGGAGGGGGCAUAGAAAAAUCUUGAAAAUUGUAAGAAAGUUAUAUGCUAAGCAAGAGAAAAAUAAGGUGGUGAAGGAAGGGUAUGAGGACGGGGACAGCAGUGAUAAUGUGGUGAAUUUAGACGAUGAAGUAGCAGCGACCAAGCUCUUACCCCUUCCCACACAUUUAAAAGCGAAGGUUGUUAGGAAAGCGCAGAGAGGACGGUAUGUGGAUGUGUUUGAACUGACUAGGGAAGCUUUGGCGGUCAAAUCUAAUGAGGGAAGGGGGAGAAAGGCAAAGCAGACAUUUCCAGAAUGGGUGAAAGGGAUGGUCAUAUAUGCAGAAUGUUUUCUAACGGCCAAUCCAGAUAAGAUGAAAGGGGUGCUGAGAUACAUACAUUUAAUAGCGGAAUGCUACACCACAUACGGGGGUUUCGCAUGGAAGGAUUAUGAUAGGGAAUUUAGGAAAGGAAAUAUACAAUUGGGAGGUAAAGGUAGGAAGGAUUUUGGGGUAAAAAUACUGGAUACGUGGACGAGGUUGAUGAAGGUCCCCGAGGGACAAGGCAGGCCCAUAGGGCAAGGGAAAACAUUCAGAACAGAGGCAAAAGAAUGCUGGGCGUUUAAUGACAAGAGAUGUGACAGGGGGAAUUCAUGUAAAUAUAAGCACGCAUGUAGGCAUUGUGGGGGAGCGCACCCAGGAGUGGAUUGUAGGAAGGGUAAUGCCAAUAACAAUAACAAAUUUUCCUUUCGAGGGCACGGGGGCAGCGGUAGCGGGGGAGGAAUGGCAGGUAAUGACCAAAACGCCGCUGAGGGUAGAUAG